CUUGUGUCAAUUAUCAUAAAUGAUUACCGGAAAGAAAAUAAAUAUUUGCCUGACUAUGGUCGAGUAACGAGUGUGGAGCAGGAGGUGUUUCUCUCAUCAGCAUCUUUCUCUUUCUCUGUUACAUAUCCUGUUGGUAAAGGUACGUAGUGACCUAAAUACAAAAAUUUUACAUUCGGUACACUCAAGCAAGACAGAGAAGAUUUUGCUGGCUGUGUUUCUGUGGAGACAAUCUUCAAAUUGAAGAUUAUCAGAUAGUUAACUAUCUUUUCUGUUACAGAUCGAGUACAUCUCUUGUUAAAAUCUGAUAUAUUCAUUUGCAUUAAAAGGCGAUUUUAAAACGCACCAGACAGUUUUGAUGAGUGGUUUGCUCUGCCGGAUCAACUUAAAGUAACUGGAAGUGUUAAUUUGUAAUGUUUCAAUGUCUGUUCUUCGCUGCUUAAUUUUUCGGCUUAAAAUGUGUCAUGGAUCCCACGAAUGUCCUUGGCUAAGCUUACAAAAGUGGGAUUUGUCGCAACUGACAAAUGUGUUAUACACACUACAAUUUUGUAUGGUUGAUUUUCAGCUAUUGUUUUAUAUUUACGGCUAAGCUGCAGAACACCCUGCCACUCAUUUACAUGUCAUUUACUAAGAAUAACGUUUAUUGUGUUAUGCCUCGAUCUUCAAAGCCUCCUGACACAUGUAAAUGAGGUGGACCAAAGUGGCCGGGUAUUCUGCAGUUGCUCCGUAGUUACUUUUAAUAUGAGGCAACCUCUGAUCUCCUCUACCAGUAAUUAUUACUUACUAUGUUAGAACAGACUGUCUUUCCACUUUUUUUUCUCCUUGAUCAUAGAACAGACUUAAAUGUUUUAAUUGUAAUAAAACCUUUUUAGGGUAAUUUUGUCAUUUAUGAUACUGUAAUAACAGACACAGAUGUUUGUAAAAAAGACAUUUAGUGUGACAUGUAAUGUUUUCUUUGUUUUUCCUGUACAUAUUUUCAUAGGUCAUGUGAUUACACAGUAAAUGACAAAAGGGAAUUUAGCUCUAGGUCAAUUCUCAAAGAACGUUUCAUCUGCAUAAUGCUCUUACUUCAGUUUAAAAUUCCCUGGAACAUUUAAUUAUGGCCACUGCAAGAGAUAGCAAUGAUCCAACAGAUAUCAACCGUGUUUUGGAAAAUUUGGGAAGCCUGAUUGGUGAAUUGGAUGCCUGUGUCACAGAAAAUGAUGGAAAGGUUAGUAUGAGCUUUAAGCCUUGUUUAGCUCUGUCCAAGAUUCCCUAUGGCCAGUUAUAACAUCAAUAGUUUACAGGAUAACUAGCUGUUAACUUGGAAAGUUUGAUGAUAUGUGUUACCAGUAACUUUUUAAGUGAAAUAAAGCCAGGCCAGGUUGGGAAAUACUUCUGAAUAAAUAGAUCUUACAUGUAUUUAAUUUUAAUUUUAUCUUCUGAUGAUUUUGGAGGUCAUCAUUACAAUUAAAUUAUCUUUGCCUAGUGUGUGGUAAAAUAAAGGAUACUCUUCUGCUCCUUACAGUCAUGAUUUAAACUAUUUCUUUUUGCUAAAUUAUAGGCUGUUGCCAGUGAAGUGGAAGACAAUGAAAACUGUAAGUGUCUGAUAUUUCACCAGAAAUGGGCUUGAUCGUGGAUGUUCAGUCUUUGUAGGUGAAAAAAAGUGUGAACUCAGAUUCUGUUUUCUUCAUUACAGUUGAUGUACAUUUGGAAUUCUUGCUAGCUGACACAGAUGAGUUUGAUGAUGAUGAAUAUCAGUGUCUUAUUCCUCGUCGAAGAUCAUCUUCACACAUAACACCCACCAGCACCAUCAAUCAAAGUCGUAACAAGGGCUUAAUGGAAAGAGCAGUCAGUUCAGCUCACACUUCUCCCCAACAACCACUUAAUUCAAACUCUGGUUCUGUAAACAAGACACAGGAAAAUCAGUACACCACUCCACCAAAUAGGAGUGGUUAUAAAGAGGCUUUCAAAGAGGUUGCCCUAAGUGUGGAGUUGCCAGGAAGUUUCAAAAAAAUUGAUGAAAGUUCAGUCACUGCUUCAGCUCAAAAGAAUGCUGCACCCAAUCGCAAUGCAGCUUCCCAUGCUAAAGCAAAGCCUAAUCAUUAUGUUGCACCCAGUGAACUUGGUUUUAAUAGACACAAUCCUGAAAAGUCUGGUGCCACGACAAAUGGAAUGGUGCACUGCAGUCAGCAAUGCAUAACACACGAAAAACUUAAAAUGCAGGUGAUUAUAGUUUGAAAUUAUAGUCAUCAUCAUAUCAAAUUGCACUUUGAUUUUUGGUUUUAUUGAGAUACUUUUAAUUGUUGCUCAAGAUCCUUUCCCCUCUAAUUUGUUAUUCUUGAUUUAAUUGAUAGUGUGUUAUCUGUUAUCUAUAUUGAAUAGUUCUUGGUGAAAUAGGGGGGAGAGAAGGGGAGGGGGUCACAGCCUCCCACUUCCCGUAACACGUUCUCCUGCCUCCCAUACUCUCAUGGCCCUCUGCCUCCUGACUCCUGCCUUUCAUUGUAUAUUACUACCCUCAACUGCUUAGAAUCCUUGCCAACAAUUAAUGUGGUAAAUUUACCUCUCUAGAGAUUCAUUUUACAUGUUGAAAUGCAAUCAAAAGGGAACGCUAUUACCUAUUAAAGAAAUAUAUAUAGAAUAUACCAUAAAGAAAGUGGUACAGGCAGUACAUAGGUAAAUGUGUGGCUUAUUUUUUUUCAGCAGAUCAGUGUAGUUUGGUCCCAGAUAUUUUUCCCAUCCCACCUACUUUCCUGUCCUUCCAUUGAUCCAAUCAUUUUCAGAGAAUGCCUAAGGUUUUGUGGUCCUGUUUUAGGAAUUUGCCAGCCAUGGUGGUAAUAUUAUACUUAGGGACUGGUUAUAUAUAUGGAUACCCUAGUCACCCACCUUCCCCUUAUCCAGUGUAAUUGAUUAACUACGAGGUUUCUGUGUUUUUAUUUUAUUACAGCACAUAACAGUGGUAGUUUUUGAUGAGGAUGGCAAUCCUGUUGGAUUGGAAGUUUCAUCUUCUAUGAGGGCUCAGGAAGCCUGUUACAGGCUAGCAAUAUUAAAAAAAAUUGAGGAUGAUCCUCAGUGGGUGCUGACAGAAUAUCUGACUGACCUAGGCAUUGGUAAGUGACAUAAAAUUUGUUAAUAUAAAGUCAUUCUCAAGUGUGAUCUAAAAAAAUGAAAUGAAAGAGAAAUUUUGUGAAUAAUUAAUUAGAGAUACAUUCCCCAUAAUUUUUCUGUCAAUAAAUAUAAAAAAAUUAUAAUAAACAGUUCUUGUAAUAUGAAAAUCAUUCAUCUGGUUGUUUUUAUAAUGACCUGUAAUGAGUUCUGAGGAGUAGGUCGUUUCAGCUAGCACUGGUCAGAUUUACAAACACACUCUUUGGCUACUUUAUUGCUUUCUAUCUCAUGUUUUGCUGGCCCCAAUGAAUUCAAUUUUAUUGAAGCUAUUAACUUUUUAGCUUCAUUGAACUCUGUUUUUUUUUCUUUUUAUCCAGAGCGUAACUUAGAAGAUCAUGAGAAUUUAAUGUCCAUAUUGAAAACAUGGGCACCUGGUUCAAACAACAAGUUGUUGUUUAGAAAAGAUCUUAGAAAGUAUCACUUCUUUGCACACACAACUGUAAGUUGACUUUUAUUUGUAUAAGCAUAUACAGAAUUAUUUCUAGAAAAAAAUUAAUUUAAUUUUUUUUGCACCAAGCCUCCAAGCCCUCAUUACCUCAAUAUCCAAAAACUCUCAGUUAUAAAUGGAACAUGCAUUCAAUUAUUGGCAGAAUUAUUUCCCAUCACAUUUGUUGGACUCUGAAAGUUCCGACAAAGCAGUCACAGAGAAAGCACAGAAGGCAAAGACAAUCUUACAACAGGUAAAUAUUGUUCUGCGUUUCUUGUAAUGUAAUGACAGAUUUUACUGUAGCAUUGAGUAGAUAGCAACCUGACCAUCAUUACUUUAAAUGAUCAUUGAUAUUAGAUAAAUAUGAACCAAUAAAUCAUCAAUAAAGACGAAUACCAUUUAACUUGAAUACCUCAGGGCUGAAUCAAUUAAAGGUUGUUUAUUUUGUAGUGAAUAAAAUAAGCACCAAUAUUGAGCUCACAGUACACAGAAACUACAAAGAAACAAUGUUAGCUAAGCCUGUAAUAGUGCAUAAUAUGCCUCUAAUAACUUUGCCCAGAUGAUAAUAGAUGUGAAGAGUUGUAUUCUCUGAUUUCUUUUUCUUUUCCUGUAGAAACUGUUCAGUACCUGUACCAGAGUCCCAGAAAUAGAGGGGAUUUUACAUUGCAAAGAUUUUGGGAAAAAGUCAUGGAGCAAGAAAUUCUUUUUCCUGAGGGGAUCAGGUCUUUAUUCUUCCAGUAAAGGAAAGUCAAAGGUAUGCAGGUGUCACUGGCAUGUUGACAACAUUUCCUCUUUAAACCUUUGUGUAAAAAUCCUAAAUCACCAUUUGAAAUAUCACUGUUCAAUAUCCUGUGAAAACAAACCCCAAAAUUUGAUAACGUUUUUUAACUUUAUAAUUCUUCCCUUUUUAGAUUUCAGGUAAUCAUAUUUUUGAUUUGAGCGGAUUAUUUGUUUUUUUUUCAAACAGUUAUCAAAGUGUUAAAGCGGUGUUUUAAUCAACUAUAAAGUUAAAGGUUAUGCUUUUUCCCUUUUAUUUAUUUGUUACAAAACACAUGAUGUGGCUGAAAUUUUCUGCAAACUUUGUCAGCAGUCAAUAAUUUUUUGUUCUGAAAAUUUCCCAUUCUGCAGAAAGCAAAUCACUUGAUAAUGUUUUAAGAUUUUGUUAUUACCUGCUUGCCACAACUUGUUUUGCAAAUUGAUGUAAAUAACUAUUUAUUCCAUUUAGGCUUCUAAAGACUUGGAAUGUUAUGUUCAAUUUGAUGGAGCAAACCUGUACAACAUUAUAAAUCCUAAAAAGUCUCACAAAGCGCCAGCAGAGUUCUGUUUUUGUAUUGUGGUAUGUAUUACUUAUUAAUCCUGCAACUCCCAGAGAUGAUUAACACAUAACUUCACCAUAUAAUAUCCAUACAUUAUCCAGCAAGCAGGUAAAGACAAUACUCAAACUUAUUAGAUAGAAGUUGUCAGUUAUCUUGUUCUAACACCAAAUUCUAGGUAUACUUAACAAAGAAAUGUGUAGCCGCUAGAGGGGAGGAUAAAAAAUGAGAUCGUGGGAGUUUAAGGGUUUACGUGAUUGGAUCAAUGACAGACAAGUUACCUUAAUGAAGAACUUUAUCGGCUCUAAGCAACGAGACCAGCCUUAAAAAAGAAAUAGUGUUGUAGGAUUGACCCUCCCCUCCCCUUCCCUCCCCUCCCCAAUGCCAUGCUCUGUUAGUAUGUCCUUUGUUGCACAUUUCUGUCAGCCUUAUAGAGCACGAGAGCUGAAGGAGCUGAAGUGUCUUUGCACUGAUGAUGAGAAAACAAUGAUGAGUUGGAUGAUGGCUGUCAGAAUUGCGAAGGUUGGUAUCAUUAUUUUAUAACAAAUGUUGCGUGCGAAUUGUCAAGUUGUGAUCGUACUUUGACCCGAUGUAGCCCAUAGUAACGAUCGUAUAGAGUCACUCUCUGAACUAUGACGCUCCUUGUCUGUCAUUUGAUGAAAGAUAAAGUCAACACUUAAUUAUUGUUAAUUUCAAAGAUGGCAACAAACCAAGAGACGGAGGAGAGAGACAAAAUUAUCGCGACGAUUUUGAUAUCGAAGGACAAGUUAUUCGCCCCGCAAAGUUAAUUUUAAGGAGCAUUGGAAUUAUAUGAUAAGACCAGUUUUUCGCUGAUUCUCUCUCACUGAGCCGGACAGUCGUCGAUUAACUGUUUGUAGACACACGUAGGUCCAAGGAAUGAAAUGUCACGUGACGUCAGUGUGAUUGCGUUGCUUGCAGUGCUUAUUUAGUUGACAAGUUGAGUUAUUGCAUGGGUUAUUGGUCUCAUUGGGAUGAGUUAAACUGAUUAUUUGCGGAUAAACGACAUUUGUUAAACGAUGUGAAAACUUCUUCCUCUGGGAAGGAAAAGCACGCGAGAUGAUUAAUAGCAGUGAAUUUACCCCGGAUAUCUUUCUGCUUGGUGGUUACCGUUCGGUUUUACCCAGAUAAGGUAAAACAGACGUAUUUCCUUUUUUUUCUUAAAAGAAAUGUUUGCAUAGCAAGCUUGGGUGUCUGCCAAUAACACUCAAUUCUUAAUAUUUUUUAGGAGAGCACAUACGUAGCUUUUUUAAGAGCCACUCGGCAAACAAAUCUUGGAAAUUACUGAGUUUUCUGUUGAGUGUAAAGUUUGCUGUAUGAAAUCGUAGACGUAAAUUUGAUCAAAUUUAGUACAGUAUUCAUUAUCGGAGGAUGUCAUCUCUAUCCAAAAGAGGUGGCCCGUAGUCCUAUUUUAGGCGAUUUCACUGUAUACCUGUAUAAUUCAUGAAAGGUCUACACGGUUCAAAUACCGCGAAGCAAGCUCUCACAGAGCAGCAUGAUUUUACAAUGGUGGUUGAGCUGGGCCGAAAGUUUCCGAAAAAGUUGUACCGUCCUUAAUAGAGAGAGAUGGGAAUUGAACAUAAUUUGUUUCAAAAAGCGAAAUUGGUAAUGUUUGUAACACAUGCCACAGAGUUGUUAUCGCGAGAGAAUUUUAUUGUUGGUAAUUUAGUUGAGUUGUAAUCACCUAGAGACGAAAGAAGUACUCACAAUAAAACGUAAGGCCCACAAUCCCACUUGAACUUUCUCUACCAAGUAUAUUUCCUCGAGUAAGAGUAUCUGUGAUGUAUUGUUAUUAUCGCAUGAAGGUGAUGUGAAUUAAGCUUCAAUUUAUGAAACACUAGAGCACUAUUAGCGAUAUUUCGUUUCUGAAUCAGUUUAAUUUCACUCUUGAAAUACUCUUUAAAUAAACUUGCGAUCAUGCAAAUAAAGCAACUUACCAAUACUUGGUCAGACUGUUACGGAAGCCGAGACUCUUGUGGCGGCGACAGGUUGGGUUUCUCCUUUUAAGUUCACUGAGACGUUGUUUUGUCUUAAUAUUUAGAAAGGACAGAAAUAACAUCGGUUUUAUCCUUUUAUGGUGAAAAUGGCACUGUUUGGUUUUUUUUAGAUGUAGUUGCCUUUUUCACCUCAAAACUAUGCUAUAAGGAUUAGAUGACAUCGUCUUCAUCACACUGCCAGUUUGAGUUCACAAUUAAUCCAAUUAGGCCGAGUAAAACUUUCUCAAUUUGUCGACCGAGAUAAAAGACUGUUAUAGCCUGAACGCUGUAAGCUUCUUCAGAAGUGACGUAAGCCACAUUGCUAUUUAGGUGUUUCGUGUUACAGCUCAGUUGUCUCUGCUAAGAAGACUCCAUGGCUGCACAAUAAACAGGAACCGAAUUAUUUGACGAGAUUUGGCUGUCUUCCCUCUCUUUCUUUUUUCUUUUUCUUUGUUUUUCAAGACGUGUGUCCUGUGUAAUGUCGCCGUUUUCGCCCUACGGUAAACUUAGAGACACAUUGAUUUUUCUUGGAGGCAAAAUUUGGUCCGUGUUUUUCUCUCUUCGAAAUAAAACAUUAAAAAUUCUGCCCGGCAGCUUAAAAGUAGGCGGAUUACCUUAUUAAUUUGAUACUGUUUCCGUUACCUUAGAAACAUUUAUGUGGGAAUCUCCCCUCCCACCUUACCGUAGACAGAAUCUUGUGCAGUCACGUUAUUCGGCUUCAACUAGGUCUAUCAGAACCUUCCUUUCUUCUUGAGAUGAUUAUGAAACAAUGGCACUGUUUUAUUAAUUACUGAGUGUGUGGCAAGCUACUUGCAUCAUUAUUGAAGGUUACUCUUGAGCCGCGCAAACGAUCAGUUUACUUGCUGUCGGUGCCUCAUGAUAUUUGUCCAGUUCUCGCAUAAGAUGUGAGUGGAAUGAUGAUAAGGUGACCUCGAGUUGAACUUUCCAUCUAUUUUCAUCACGCGACGUCAUAUAAGUGUGCUUGUCAACUUCCCGUGUUAAACAACUCUUAAAAUCUUCCGUACCUCAAGUCGAUCCACUCACAGUUCGUUUACCAUUAUAGUCUGUGGUGGCAUACUCAUUACAUUCGAGUGUUUUGUAAAGAUGUGUACAAGCGCCGUUGACGCUGCUGGUCACAGUCGAAGAAGCUUUCGGCUAAAGGUAGCAAAGAAUUUUAGUGAUUUUAUAAGAUAACACAGCUCUGUUGUUACUCUGUUCACUGUUUUGGCGAUUAUUACUCUGAAAGCUUUAUGUGUGUAUAGGGUUUUAGCUUUGUAAGAGAGAGGCAUCUCAGAAGAACCUAAUAUACAUUUUUUUGACUGGCUAUGAUGUCAGUUUUGUGCUGAGCCUGUUCAAGGCGUUUAGUUCAUUAUUGCGCAGCGUCGCGCCUUUCCGGCUUUGCCGUCGGUUUUGUUUAAAGGUUUUCGUAGCUCUUUCUCUUAAACGCAAAACUUCGCAGUUUAACUGCGUUUAUCUGCUCGUAGCUGUCUUUGGAGACUGGGCAGGCAAAUCUCUAAAGUAAGGAUGACUUCUUCUUAAGAUGUAAAUAAGUUUCAAUGCAGGUUGUAGUGCCGGAUAGUCAGUUACUGUAACCUUCUCAUAGAGAAUCUUUUGAUGAAGCCGUGACUUUUUACGGCAACAGCUGCGUCCUCUCGUAGUUCUUUGUUUUUCAGUAAAAUUCACAAAUUUGGGACCGAGUGUAAAUGACCGCCAAUUUUUUGUACAGACGUAAGGUGCAAACGGCGUCAUUAAAACGUUCCUAAGUCCGUGUUUACCAUAUGUGUGCCGUUGUAUUCAUUUACAGUUGAGUGUUAAAGAAGUUAUGAAAACAGAUUUGUUUUUACAGUCCUUAAUCAAGUCAUUAUCCGACCAGCCAGUUCUUACAAGUGUUCCCUUAUCUCUCGCGGAACAGCUUUGCACGCUGGUCAGCACCCCUCGUCAGUAGUAUGACGUAUGAACUCAUUUAUUCCUCAUUACUUCAAGAUAUUUAUUUGACCCUCUAAACUCUUUAACAACUUUUGUUUUUUUCUCUCACGAAUAAACACUGAAAUAUUCUUAGACAAUUUCUGGAGCUAAGAAUUUUUGCAUUCUUUGGUAAGAUCUGUGAUAUCUGUUUCUCGAAUGUCUUUCCCACCUCAUUGUGCAGUGGUCUUUCCGGAUGGUUUUAGAUGAUGGUUUAGUAUGUUUUCAAAAGCGCAGUCAUUAAAAAUCCAGCAGAGUGGUAGAAUUGAUGAAAACGUAACUUGAAGCAUGCAAAUUAUAAAAAAAGGAAAAGGGAGUGCAUAAAUUUUGAUUAUUGUUCGGAAGUUAAUGAGGUGGAGCAGAUAAACAUCACAGUGAAUUUACCAGACAGGCCCUAACACGGACUACUUUAUUGAUUUCUUUCAGUUUGGACCUCAACUCCGACAAAAUUACGACGACAUGAUACGAAAGUUUGCCAAGUUAACGAAGUACCGCGAACAGACAUCUGAAAGUCAGGUAAGUCGUCUGUUACAUAGCGAUUUUGUCGGAAUUAUUUUAACACGAUCAUGACUUUCCACUGCGACGCCUGAAAGAUUAUUUAAGGAAUGUAACACGAGGUUACCUUCCUUAUACUCUUAAUGUACAUUGCGCCUCACGUUUCUGAUCUUUUUUAAAACUCCAAUUGACUUCAGCACAUUUUAUUGUUUUGGAAAAAGGCCCAUGUCAAGGUAAUCUUUAAUUAAGAUGUAGUUCUUUUUAAUUAGCAACUUAUUUGCCGCGGCGUUUAACCAGCCAACAAGCAUUGUUACCUUUCCGGCUUUAUGCAAGUACAGAUUGAGGCAUAAGAAGCUAAACAAGUACACUUUGGGUUGAUAAGUGUCUUAAGUUACCAGUCCAAUAUCAGAGAGUAUUGAUUCAGCCUGUCCGCAGAACUGUACCAAGCAGUAUUGAUUACAUGCUAAAUAUAUGGCUUUUUGUUCUAGUCGCGGGUAGUAAUUCCCUCAGGGGUUGCUACAGAGAUUGAAGUUUUUAUUAGCACAUUAUUGUGAUAAUUCAACAAAAUUGCAUUCUCGUCUCAUCUCCGUUUAUUUAAGAGACCUCUGUCCUCACUUAUUUUGUGAAAGCUGUAAGAAAUCAUAAACUGAUCUGGUUUCUGUCUUCGGUUUUCCCUUCCCCAUAGGAUAGCUAGUUAACGUUUUGGACAUAUAAUAUGUUGUAAAAUUGCCUAGAACUCUUCCUCAUCUGUAACUCUUGGAAGCAUGUACACUGGAAAUGUACCAUACCUGGGAUUAGUUUUUAGGACGCGACAAAUGACUAAAAUUAGCCUAAUUAUCGAGUAAUAACUUAACAGAAACGUGAACUCAUAUUCUAACUUAGUGCAUGCGAAUAAACUUCCAACAACUAAUAUUGUAAUUCUGGUAUUGACACGGUCGAUACUAUGAAUUCAGUGUCUGGUUGGAAAUCUUUCCAUUAGGUGUCGUUUUCCUUCGUAUGUAGUAUUUUUAUACGGAAGUCUUUCCAAAAACUUUUGUCAAAUUCUAUAAUUCCAUACUAUUGUAAAACAAAGCCGUAGUCCUAAAGGCAAUCUAUUAUUUUCACUAUUGUUCUGUUUAUUCAGGAACUGUAUGCAUAAUGAAGUAAGAGGCUGUGCGAAAAUUUCGCUGUCAAGUUUUAUUUUCGCUCUACAAUUAUUUAAAGAGUUUUCAUAUUUGAACAAAAUAAAACGAAUCUGUAGUUAGGUAAAGAAAAGACAAAGGCUAUGCGGUGAAAUGGAUGUUUCUCACGCUGAAAUGUAUAAAUAUCUGCAAUAUAUUGGAAUAUAAAGGCGAAAGCCAGGUUUCAUGUCAUAUGCGCUUGUUUUAAAAUAUUAAAAUGACGUAAUGUGUGAAGCAUGUCCCGCCAAAUAUUGCUGCAGUGUUCACAUAUAAUAAGGGCUAAACCCUAGAAACGUUUGAAAACUCUUCUUCUGGUAUGUUUUGAUGUCCUGUGCAGAUAAUACGGACAAAGACACAAGAUUUUGUCUUGAUCGGUCGUUGGCUAUUAUUUCCUUCGGAAGAAAACUUACACUUGUAAGAACUGAUAAUUCAUUUUUCUCCCAGUCGGAGAUAUAUAAUUGUGCUAUUCAAGGUAAUUAUUUGUGGUUUAGUAAUUAAUUCCAUACGCCUUGUCUUUUCAUUUUGAUGUCUUCUAAUAGAACAUAGUUCAGUUAUUGUUCUGUACUUUAAUUGUUGUACCUUAGGUAUUCAAAGUACAGGAUUUCAUGCAAUGAUCAGGUGUUUUUCUUUUCGAGUUAUGUUUCUUUGGUGACGGGAAGUCGAACGACUCGCUCGCAACUUUGAACCAUCAGUGAACGGAAAAUCUCAGUUAUAAAUGUACUGAAUGGAGUCUGCUUAAGAGAAUUAAUUUGCGGUUAUUUUCUGCGCCCAGAUACGUGUUUAUACCUUUCGUGUUCUUUGGCUUAAUAGUAGGGCCCUCCGUGGUUUUGUUGUUGUUUUUUUUUUUAACUUUUGAAAUGUUUGACACUUUUGCUAAUAGCAGCACAGUAUCACUUAAAGUUGACAAGUUUGAAAAGGACCUGUCAAAACUUACAAAGAUUCUGCGAUGGGGCGCAAACUUUCUUUAUGAAAGCCUCUCUAGAUUUGAAGGAGCCCUUCCAAGUAUUUUUGAUGGCUCAUAGGGUCUAGACUAUGUAAACAGUUGGAAAAAUCAUUAGCAUAUUUAUAAGCCAUCAGAAGUCACAAGAAGUUUUGUUUGGGUAUCAGCGUAAACCGCAUGUGUGCAAAGAACGAAAGGUUAGACGGGAAGACUUAGAAGUGAUACCGCAGGUCAUGAUGGAUAAUGAGACAAUCAAGUUGUAAAUUUAAAAAAGUGUAAUUAAAAAGGAAAAUUGGUAAAGCUAGAUUGCUUUUGAAUUUUGUAAAUGUGAAGAAACCGGAAGAUAGAAAAAUCGAAAUUAACAACAAAGAUAUAAAAUGGAAAGAUGUCACUCACAAUAUAAAUAACUAAUGGUGUUCUUUCAUUUAGAAACCCAGAUGCAGUAUUAGCAAUAUUCAUUUAUGAAGGUCUAGCGAUUUGUGAUGAAAUCGUGAAUUUGAGCAGAUGAGUGAUGAAUUUGAGCGGAUGAGAGAUGAAUUUGAGCGGAUGAGAGAUGAAUUUGAGCGGAUGAGAGAUGAAUUUGAGCGGAUGAGUGAUAAAACUGUGAAUUAACCUCGUAACGACCCACAUUUGACCAUAGCCUUACUGUGACGGAAAUUAUCCGAUAUUGUUGAAACGUCUUAAAUUCUUCGUUGGAUAUUUUCUGCCAGCACUACCCGGGAUUCUUUAAGAAUUAAUCUGUUUCCCCAAGAGAACAAACUUUUAGUGUACGAUGUAACAUCCUUUUAUGAUUGGCACGACCUGUCUACAAGAAUAACAGAAUAAAAGUAAGUAAUAACAUUUUGAUUUGUAGAACGCCUCGAGCGAAAAAGAAGACGAAGACAUGAAAGAGACGACAAAGGAAGGACGAGUUCCAAUGGAUUUCACCGGUGAAAGAGGAAAAGUCAUUACGGAUUUAAACGAAAUUCAACAACUGGCUAACACAAGAAACAACGUAGUACGUGUCAAACUUCAUUCUUUGUCACUCACAAAAUGGUUUUUAUUUUUUCAUUUACUCUUUCGACUUGA